AUGGACCAUAAUCGCAGGCCGCGGAAUUUCCGCAAGCCGGAGGACGCGAACCGCCAAGCUGAAGGGUACAAUCCGCUGUGUGGGGACCAGAUUACGCUGUAUCUUGCAGUGGCAGACGAUAAGAUCGCUGAUGUGGGCUUUCAGGCGCAAGGUUGCGCGAUCUCGAAGGCGUCCGCUUCGAUGAUGACCGAGAGUGUUAAGGGACUGUCCCUUGAAGAUGCUGAGAAGGUGUUUAAAGAGUUUCGCAGCAUGAUAACGCUGGAGGACUUUGACCCGGAUGUGUUGGGGUGA